AUGCGCCAGGUGAUCGUCGUUUUGGCGGUUCUCGCCGUCGCCGCGGCUUUCGUCGUCCCUCAGAUCGACCUGACCACCUUGAAAUGUCUCACCUGCGUCGCCACGGUCACCGGCGUCGAGCUGAAGGUCAAGAGCGGCGAGGACGUCCUCAAGGAGGUUCCCUUUCCUUUAUUAUGUACUAUUUUGAGCUAAAAAAAAUGGACAUUUCCACAAUCCGCAUAGAAUUUUUUUUCAUAUUUUUUUCCACAUAUUCUCAAAAAAAUUAUAAUAUUUGGUGUGAAGUAUGUGGACUGAUAAAGGUGAAAAAUUCAUCUUGUGGUUGGGAUUUUGCUGAAAACUGACCAGAACAUCCCUUGAAGUACUAGAUGAAGAUUCUGAAAGUCUCAACCUGCACAACUUCCUAGUUUUCGAAAAAUAAUGGCUCAAGCUGAUUUUAAAGGAUUUCAAAAGUUUUCUUUGACUUUGAGAUGCCUCAUCUCAAAAACUUGAAAGUUGGCCAGGCUGGGACUUUCAGGAUCUUUUUCUGGCAUAUCGAGGAGUUUUCUGGCCAAUGUUCAGGCAAAUCCGAAACGUAAAGUGAAAUGAGAUUCCCUGUGAAGGUUUCGAAAAAAAUGUUCUUGUUUUCAGGAUGUUGACAAGAUCUGCCUGAAGGAAGCCCCGACUCCAGCCGCCGAAAAAGAAUGCGAAAGUAUCGCCGAAGACGGCGUCGAAAUCAUCGUCGACGGAAUCCAGAAGAACGAGCCGCCCAAGAAGAUUUGCCAGCAGAUGAAAAAGUGCUAAUUCUUUUCUUUCCAUUUAUUGUCAGUACAAAAUGAAUUCGUUUUCUAGUCAGUUUUUAUCAGUUCUUGCGUCACUAGAAAAUGCUUUUUGAACAGUUUUUUUUUGGCUAGAGAUCCGAAAUGAUAACAUUUUUUUGAGAAUAUACGGCCUAGAGUAAUUGAUAAUAAAAGUUUUGAACAGACAUUUUUUUGAGAGAAAUGCAGUAGACGAAACUACUUAAUUUGUUACUUUGGCCUGUCGAAUUUAUUAACUUUUUUAAUUUGAAAUUACCGAGCGAACCAACUAUUCCGUUUGAUCGAAAUGUGACUUUUUCUCUCAAAACUCGAUUUUUUUUUUGUAAAAGUGAAGUAAUUGGUCUUCUCAAAUGCCAUUAACAGCCGUAAGUGAUCCUCCUAGUGUAUUAUUUUACUCUUAAGGGAUUCUUUGAUAGGCCCAACAGCUCCGUUUGCCCUAGGUGUAAACUUAGUCAGAACUCGAAUACCCAUUUUCAAACUGCAAAGGCGGUAAUUUAAAAAAAAACUGAAAUAUUUGCCAAACUGCAGUUGUUUUAACUAUGCCAUAAAAAGCUCAACUUCUGCCAAAAAACCCUCCUAUUUUAUCUUUAUGUUCUAGUCAACCCAAGAACCGGUCCAAUUCAGUUUUGGCGCGACGAGAUUUUGCAACCCGACGUUCCUCCAACAGAAGAUUAUAUAUCGCUUCUUUUCCGUUUCUUCCCGCGGAGAAAACAGUGAAAAGAUCAUUGAUAAGCGAGAAAUUCCCGAGAAAAAAUGGUUGUCUUCAAGGAGAACUGUUCAAAAUAUGAGAAAGAUAGAUUUUUUUUUUCAUGGAAACUAAGGAAAAGCGGAGAAGCUCUCCAUCAAGCAAAAAAUAAGGUUUGGACAUUUUCAAUAAAUAUUGGUUUAUUUCUGAUUCUCACAGAAGUUUCACACUUUUCACUUUUAAACUCGACUUUCGCUGCCGCCACUUGACCUACUACUCCGUGAGAACACAUUUUUAUCAGAUUUCCUGAGAUUUUUGAUGUCUUGCCGUGAAUUUCGAUAAUAAAACAGAAAGUUCAGAGUAAAGUGGAAUUUUUCUAAAUUGGUGUACUUCUCUAGUCAAGUCUUUUUUUUCGAGGUGAUAAAAUGAUUUGAUAAACUAACAGCAAUUAUCUGGAAGAAAUGAAUCUUAAGAAUAAAAAAUAACUAGAUAUAUUUUUCCCGACUUGAAAGGAGAGAUGGUAGAUUGGCUAGGUUGACGCGUUGCGUACGCGACGCGGCUUUUGGCGGGAAAUUCGAGGCCAAACGAAAUCAUGGAAAAUGUGCAAAAAAACAUCAUUUUCAUACUUUGAUUGCUGCAAAUAAAUUAUUUAGAAACCCUGAAAAAUAAAAAAUAUCGGAAAACUGUCAAGAAAAAGAGAAAAAAAGGAAGCUUGCAUUUGAACUCGUAAUUCCCGCCAAAAAGCCGCAUCGCGCACGCAACGCUUCAGCCUGUCCAAUCCACCCAUUUCUCCUUUCAAGGCGCGAAGAAUUGACUAUGUUUUUGCAUUAUUCGUGAAGGGGAAAGAGAGCGCAGGCAGGUCAGAAUAUUCCAAGCCAUUGCGAAUGGACUAUAAAAUAAAAAAGAUUCUUGACACUUUUUUCCGUUCAAGAUGUUGUGCGGUUCCAGCUGCUUUGCAUCUUUGGAAAUUUCGAGGAAAGGGACAAACAAGAUGAAAAGCGCGGCGCAUCCCGAAAAAAAGUAAUUGUACAACGACGACAGACGUUUGGUUGUUCUUCUUGGCCGGCGGCGGUGUUGGUGGGCGGAGCCAGUCGUCGUCCAGUCCUCUCCUCACUUCCUCCGUUUCUCCACGCCGAUAUAUCCGAUCUAUCGACGCGUUCGUGACCAGCCCCGCCGUCGAUUUCGUUUUGAUUUCGAUUUCGACACGCGCGGCUUCAUGGACCUACGACGGUCCUACAGCCGUGCCAUCUUCGAUAGGCCUGUACUUUUUGUCGUCGUCCCCAUUCUUAUAACUGCCGUCCUUCCAGCUGUUGUCUUACAUUUUCAGCCCGUCCGCUUGUCCCCAAAUGCAGAAGUGGUCAGUUUUCAGAGAUUUUUUACUCAAUUUUUAUUCAUUUUACCAAUUUUAAAACUUGCUCCUUAUUUUUAUUCCCUUUUUUUCAUUUUUUAGGGAGUAAAUAACGAAAUUUUCCUUUUGCGCGUUUUUCUUGAUGUAUGUUCUGCAUUUAUUGUUGCGUACGAAACAUCAAAUUCCACGACUAAAACAGUUAUUUUUUAAUUUUUUCCUGUUUUUUUCAUGGAAUUAUUCGAAGAACUGUUUUUUGAUUCUUAUAUCAAUAUUGCAUAUAGAAAAAAAAACUGAAUUUCUCUCGCAAUCGAAAAAAAAUGCGCAAAUAGUUAAAAAAUUAUAUCAUCUUUUCCGAUCAUCCGUAUUUUUGGUUAUUUUUGCAAGUCGUUCUGUUUAUUUUCAUGCUGUUCUGUAUAUUUUUAUUUGAAAAGCAUAUUUAUGAAAUAGAAAGUUUUCUCACAAUUUUUUUCGAGUUUGUCCUGUUUUUCCACAGAACUCUUCAAAAAAAUUAAUUUUUUUGUGCAGUUUUUUUCUGGCAGCAUUUUUACAUUUUGCACAAAAAGCUUCUUCUAGAAGCUCGCGAAUAAUUGUCAGUAUUGCAGGAAGAAUAAUUAACAAUUUGAGUGAAAAUGGAGAUUUUUUUGGAUUCGGCAGAUUUAUUUUGUUGAUGAGCAUCGAAACAUUUAGCAACAAGUGUUUGAAGAAUUCAUUUCUCUCUUUUUCACUCUUGAAAUUUAUUCUGCUUCUUUUUCUUGACCUUGUGAUUGAAAGAUGUCCAUUUUGCGGGAGAAAGAACUCACGAUUUAUUGCUUCUCCUUCUUCGUUUAUCAUGAAAAUUUAUUCGUUUUGUAGUUUUUUGAUAGCUGACUUUUUUUCGUUAUUUUUUGAGCUGGAAAAUUAUUUAUUCAAUUAUUUAUCAUUUCCGUAUCUUGUAACUAUUUGAGCUUUGUUCUAAAUUUUUGAGAUUUGAGACUCCUUUUUUCAUUUCCUUUCUUGAAGUUCAAGUUUAAGGUUUUAUUGAAUUGUUCCAUCUUCUAAACAACUUCAAAUUACGAGUAGAUCUCAGUUUCCCAUGCAGAUCGCUGGCAAAUCGGCUAGUAUGACGAAAAAGUUUCAUACAAACUUUCGUUUAAUCGCACUUGAGAGUAGCAACUUCCCACCAAAAACCAGCUUCUCCUCUUUUUUUGGCGUUUCUUUCCGAUGUCAUAAUCCAUAAGCGUUGUGCCAUCCUUCCGAAAAUGGUAUAUAAGCACGCGGUUUUGACGAUUUGAAAGCCGCCGGGGCGAUCGGCCAAGCGGAACCAGUUUCUGGGUCCUCGGGACGGCCAACCGACCUCACAUUUAUGUCCACUCGUCGCAUGGGGAGAAGUAAGAGUACGAAAGGGAAAAGGUCAGAAUUGAUACAUUUUGCGGUCCGAUUCGUUUUCGUUCGAGAAAUCGGAGAAAAAAAAGACUAACCUAUGAUUUGGAACUAUCAACACAGUGUAAGCAUAAAUACGUUGUCAAAAAUAGAGUCUCCUCGUAAAAUUACUGAAGUUCUAUUUUUUAAAUAUUGUUUUUUUUUUUUAGAAUAGUAAUCGGAGUUUCUUCAUUCUCAGAAAAGAUUUUAAUUUUUUUUUCAAGAUUUAUUCAGAAUAUCGAAAAUUGUAAGUGAGUUUUCCGAAAUAGCUUUUCUUUUUUGAUUUUUUUGAGUCUUUGAUUCUUUUUUUGCUCUAUUAAAUACCCCAGGAAGUUCUUUGUAAAGGCUUUGAAACUUCAAAAAAUUUUAUUUACCCGGUUAGGUUUUUUUUUUUGAAAAUACCUGUUUUACCACUUUUCGUCCUUUUUUAGUGUUACUUUUUCAUCGAGACACUCUUCAACUUACCUGAAAACCUUUUUUUUUUGUUCUUACUGUUGAUCAUCUUCUGAUUUCCUUACAAGGAAGUCUUGAAUACUUGCGGUUUGAAACUUUCUGAAAAUUGCCCAAAACACUCCUUGAUUUACCAAAAGAACGUUCUGAAUGUUUCAACCUCUAAAACAUCCAAUUUUUCAGGAAAUGAAGGCUUAAAUUCUCUAGACAGUAUUUCAACGGACUUUGAGGGUUUUCAUUGAAUUCGAGGUGUCAUUUUUUUAAAAACUGCAAAGUUGUUUUAAAAUAAUCAUCCAGUACAUCAAGAAGAAUCCUAAACAUAUUUUUAAUAUUUCCCAAUCCCAAAAUUGAAUGUCCUUCCGCUAGUGUGUCAUUUGAAAUCUGCCGUGAAAAAUAAAUGAAAUUUGCUUUUUUUAAAUAUUCCAAGGAACUACUUAGAAAACUUCUUUUUCCUCAAAAUUAGCAACGAAAAAGGAAGACUCGAUUCACUUCCCGUAAUGGACAAGACGAAGGUCGUUUUGCAGGGAUUCGACACGAAAGACACGCCGUAUUCGGGGCCGCGGCUCGCCUGGCAACGCAUCCAAUCGACGCUCACCCUCAGCAAUCGCGUCAACUUUGCGAAUCCGCGAGCCGUCAACGCGACGGCGACCCGACAGCCCAGCACUCGCCGCCCUGAUGAGGUCGCCGUGCCGAGUCGCCCGCGAGUCCGUCGCAGUUGGGCCGACCAGCUCCUCCAGGCGAUCAACAACGUCGCCUGCUACGACGCCCCCAUUCCAUUGAGUUGGUCUUCCACUGACUUUUUGAUGGGUUUUCGCAACCGAAGAGGGUUUUGUGUGACUUGAGACCGUAGAAAUUGGAUAGGUGAUUUCUAGGAAGAUGAUAGAAUUUCCUUUCAGUAUGAAGUUUAGAAAUUUUUAGAAGAUUUUCCAAACACUCCUGGAGAGUCUUUCUGACGUCCCGCGCAAGUUUAUAUUUUUAAAGGCUGGGUUUCGAAAUUCGCGUUUUUUCAAACUCAAAAUUAGGACUGAAACCAACUUUUCUUAACUCAGAAAAAUCAUAUUUCCAAAACGGAAACUCUGAAUAAGUUAUCCUGAAUCUUAAUCAGGACUUCCAGAUAAUUUUCGAAAAAAUUCAUAAGAAACUUCAAAUUUUCACUAAAGAGACCUUCCCUGUGAAGAGAUAUGAUAAGUAAAAAUGAAUUUGAAACCAAAAACAGUAUUUUCAAAAUAUUCGCCUUUCAGAGAACCAAAAAGGAAUAAAAAAAGACCAAGAAUCGUUAUUUUACUAGGUGGUUUAGAUAUUUAUAAAAAUUUGCCUGAAACUCUUCAAACUCGGAAUUUGGUAACCGGACGCGUCCCGGACCUUUCUGUAGGGACCGCAGACGAAUUUUCAAAAAAUUUUUUUCAGCAUUGAGCUUUGUAUGGUUCGAUAGCUGUUUCGAUUCAAAAACUCAGAACCGUUUAGUUUUUUUCAAAAAAAGAUUGAGGAUGAAAAAAAGUUAUGACGGAAAAUGUGGCGCGCCGCGCACCAUUUUUAGUACUGAAAUUUUGGUAUUAUCCAUUUUUGACAUUUUUCUCGAUUUUCCUUCUAGAACAAGUUUUGAUACUGGUCUAUUAUGAUGUAAAAAAUCAUAAUAGAGUGCUAAAAUGAUGCUAAUCAGCUAGUUUGCCGAAAAAGUCUGUAUUUUGCAGAAAACAAAAAACUGGCGCUUGCGGGCAUCGAACUCGCGACCUCAAAAUGAAAAAUCGGAGCGCACGCGCUGCGCCAAGCUGUUAGGUCCAGCGCGGGGAGCUUCCAUCCGCCUUACCCUUGAGCCGUUUAAAUAGCACAGAUUGCCUAUUUCAAAAAUAAAAAUUUGAAGUAAUUUAGCUAUUUUUAUCAGAAUAUGUUCGCAAAUCUUUACUCAAACGUUUCGUGGAAAAUCAUUUCGAAAAAACUGUUUUUUCAGUGCUUUUUGCCUCAUUUAACGAUCGCUGCAUUAAAAACGGCCCCGUAUAUUUUUCGGCAAAGACGAAUUUUUUUAUUUUAUUCUUUUUAAUUGAAAGAUUUUUUUUACUAAUAAAUGUAUAUAAUCGUUUGAAAAAAACCUGCGUUCGACCGCUUUCUGUGUGAUAAACGCCGCUAAUUUUAUUCUCUAUUUUCAAGAGCAUUUUUUUGCGUAUUAAACAACUUUUUUUCAAGCAAAGAUGCUGUAGAGAAAUAUUUAAGUAAGCUCAUGAUCUAAAUUUUUGAAAAAAACGAAAAACUCGAUUAUAUUCGCUUAUUAACGAUAUUUUGAUUUAUGACUUUCGGCGCUCCCUAAAUUUUUUUGGCAAAGACGAAUUUUUUUAUUUUAUUGUUUUAAAAAUUACCGUUACUUGAAUCAAAAAUCAUUAUUUAAAAAAAGAAAGAGUGCGUUCGACCUAAAAAAACACUUGAAAAAGCAAAAAACGAUAAAAAAUUUUUAGUUCCAUUCACGUUUUUGUACGACAUUCCGCGCGAACGCAUCAAAAAAACGUGAAAUAUUUUUUAAACGAAAGAGGAAGCUUUUCUGUACAUGUGUGUCAAAUUUUAUUCGCCAGUUCCACAUAUUUUACAACUACAACAAAAUGAAAGUUGAAAACCAAAAAAAAGCCACUUUUUCUAUCGCGAAAAGGGGCGUGGCUUUGCGGUCACUACCUUUCUGAGCAAUUCUAGGGAUCACUUAAGAAAGCUGACGCCGUUAAAGUGGUCAUUAGAAAGGUUCAGAAACGCCCCGUUUCCGUCAACAAGGUCCCAGAAUGUCUGUACAUAAUACUUUUGCAGUGGACCACCUCUCCCAAGUCGUAAUCGAACUCGACGACUACGAGCAGCUCUACGACCUGAACUUGUUGGAGAAACUCUGCCAGAUGCACGGGAACAUCAGCAAGCCGCUGGCCAAGUUCGACGCCUUCACGCCCUACCGCAACAUCUGGAGCGUCGCCAACAUGUUCUCCUGUAUCUCGCCGAACAUGAGGGUCAACUGCUCCCAACUCGACGCCGACGACUUGAAACUGGUCCGGCCGAUCGUCGAGACCUGCUGGAAGUUCCGGCCCAAGAUCUUCGACUGCAAACUCAAGUGCACUGACAACGUCAAGUGCGAAUUUUGUCGGGGUGAUUAUCUUCUUUCAAUGGAUAUCUAGGAACUCCAGAGUGGCCUCUAUAGGGGUUAGAGGAAAAAACAGACUUUGGAAAAGUAUAUAACUGUUUCGCUGGUGUCUUAAGAUCCUCUUUUGAUCUUUUAUCAAGUUAGAUUUCUAAAUAAUUAUUGAAACAGUGCGCAAAAAAAAAGAGGACUAGACACUUCUACAGUGUUUAUGCCACACGGUAGCUGUGAAGGAAGUAACAUCCCCGAAAUGAUGAUUCUUCAUUUCCCAGGGAUCCCAGUUGAAUGCUCGAGUCAGAUCAUCUUCGACCUCUUCUACCGUGUUCUGCCCAAGUCGAUGACGUCACGGCCAUUUCAACUCAACACGUUUCUACCCGUGUUUACCCUGACGGGCUACAUCACCCAGAAUAUUCAAAUCAACGUUCGACUUUACGACGACCUCGAAAACUCGAUCGUCGCCUACACGUCGAAAAACGACUUGAAACUUAGAGGUGUGAUUUUCUAGGGAGGGAAAACGUAUCAAUUAUUCGAAAAUUUUGCAGUUAGAUUCGAUUUAAAAUCAUUACUGAUCUUCUGAAGAUCGAAAAUGAACUUAUUUGAUCAGUUCACCAUUUUGGGAGUUUCGUGGUCGCAUUUGGAAUGGCUCUAAUCUCAAUGGCGGCGUCUGACUCGAAACGGUUUGCGCGUGGCGGAAUAAGAAAGAUUUUUCCAACCGCUACGCUUGGAGCCAUUCCAAAUGCGACCACGUAUAUUGAAGGGUUUUAUGAUUGAAGUUUGGAGAAGAGAUUUUUAAAAGAUGUAAGAGUCUGUGCAAAACGUAGUCAUAUCGUUUUUUGGCCGAAUCAUUUUCUUAAAUUUUUUUUUGUUGUGAAACGGCUUUGAUUAAAAUAGGCCCCAAAUAUUCUCACCAAAUGAAAAUUCGGAGUGAAAAUCAAAGUUUUCAAUAUUUUUCUAAUUCCAGGCGAAGAUAAGUUUCACAGAGAUCUAAUUUUGAAAAGACUUUCAAACUUUUCGCUAGUGCUAUUUUUUGAUAAGCCAUUUCGAUACUUGAAAACGGAAAAAGGGAAUUUUUUGUUUUUUCCAGGCCUUUUGAUGGACAUAAAACGUGAUCGACUUCUUGAAGCCGCUAUCAAAGUUAUUAUCCUUGGAAAAACAGUGUUUUAUCGAUGUUUUUUCUAGGAUUCUUACCUAGCCAUCGUCGCUGCCUUGCUGGUGAUGCUCGUCGUGGCUAUUCAUUCAGAAUCUCUUCUAUACGCCUUCGCCGUCGUUCUUCUACUCGCUCUGUCGGUUUUCGGUGAGAAAUUGACAUCUGUAGACCGCACAGAUGGGCGGAACGGCAGAGAGUUCAUAAAAAGGAAAGAAUAUAGCCGAAUAGUCCGUUUUUCGCGACUUGAAAGGACUCCUCUGCGCCUCCUCGUCUCUCGUCGACCCUCUCAUGUUGACGUGCUAUUUUCGUGUUUCUCUGACCGCGCCGGAGAGGGAACAGAGAGACGCAGACGCGCGAAAAAGGUCAUCCCGCGGUGAAAGGACUGCAAAACUAUUCCUAUUUAGAGUUUAAAAAAAGAUUUUUUUGAAUAGGCUAUUGUACUUCAGAAAAAGCCCUGGAAUAAUAAUUAUUAUCGCAAUUUUAAGCUUUUCCCCAUCUUUCUGUAUUAAAGUAGCCUGAUAGGAGAUUUCCUUCUUUUAAAUAGACAUAUUCUUGAGUUUGGCCGUUUUUUUUCCAAUGAAGUUUUUCUCUUUCAAAAAUUAUCUUUUCGCGUUUUUUAAAGCUUCCUUGGCUUUCUCUAAAAUACCAUCUCAAACCUAAUAUUUCAUUUUUUCUGAAAGUCUUCUUGAAAUGAAAGGUUCCAAUUUUGAAGCUUCCUUGGCCUUCUACGCCAUCUUCACCGACGAGUUUCCAUUGCUCAAUUUGGUCACAUUCGUUCUUCUGAUCGCCAUCGGCUCGGACGACGCUUUUCUCCUCAGAACCAACUUCCCGACUCACAUCGAUGAGGAUUCCUUCCAUGAGGUUCGUAUUUUUUUCAUAAGGGGGGUAGAUAGUCGUCACGAAUAAAAAUUGACUUGUCUUACGUAUGGAAAUUUCCAAAAAAAGUAAAAAGUUCAUGAAGAUUACCGAAAAAAAGAACAAGAAAUCCAUGGAAAUGUUUGAAGUGUCUGAUGCACACGGCCUUCACAAUGUUCCUGACGUCAUUUUCGACGGCCGUCCCGUUUUUCAUCAACGUCACCUCGAAUGUUGUCGCUUUUCGGUUAGUUUCACUAAAAUUGAAAGAUUUGAUAAUAAAAUUUUUAAAUCUGGGAUUUCGUCCGAAAAAUAGGUGAUUUAUUGUUCUUGGUCGUUUUUAAAUGUUAAAAACGACGCUUCUUUGCAGGAAAAUUAUUGUUUUUUGGUCUUGAUAGGGGUGAAAUUACUUAACUGUUUCACUCGAAAUAUAUGACAGAGAAGGCUAUUUUUUUUAAAAAUUUGAGUUUUUCUCGUUAAGAAGAAUUGAUAUUAAAAAAAUAACCGAUUAAAAAAAGAAACUUAAGGUGUUUCGGACUGUUUGCCGGUGUAACAGUAAUCAUCAAUUACCUGCUGGUUGUCUCUUUUUUGCCCGCGUUUCUUCUCGUUCAGCGAAAGUAAUAUUUUAUCGAUUGAUUAUUGAGAAGUUCUCUUCAAAAUCAGAUAUCUCGAUUGUAUCCCAUCGCCGCCGAUUUUCUUCAAAUCCCAGUGCUCUCACCUUCUUCACAGGAUUCUUCCUCACGUUUUGAUUCAGGUGAGAAGAAAAUCUUUGGCCAGGUGUCCUAACGGAUGUACCCGUACCAAACAAGUGUUUUUUGAGGGUAUUUGAGUUGAGAGGAUACCGGAAAAAAACGGGUCCAAGAAAAAUAGAUACUUUUUUUUUUCGAAAAUUUGAGGUAAAAAUGCCGGAUAUUCUAGCAGCUUUACGGGCUCGAUACGGGCACGCCCGCUAAGAGCCCUUGUUUGAUUAACUCGUUAACUUAAUUAGCAGGAAGGCCAAUGGGUUUACCCGUUUAAAAACACCUGUUUUUUUUUUUUUGAAGCUAUUUCAGCCUCAGUUGGGCUAAGUCGGGAGAACAACGGGUGCACGGAAAAAAAGAUGACCCGGCUGUGGGGGACGGAAUUUUCUACCAUCUUCACGGGCAAACCCGCUGAAAGCCCUUUUUUGAACGGCUGGUUAAACUCUUCAGAAUGAGAGUCAAUGUAAUUUUCGAAGCAAUACUUUGAAGUUUCAAAUGAUCUAUAACUCUCCAAUGUUCUGUUAUCUUUCUUCACUCUAUGACUUACUUUCGUGGAUAUUCAUUGACUUCAGCGUAUGAAGAUAUCAGCCAACAAACAACUCUCAAAAUUCAUAAAUGAGAUGAGGACAACGGUAAAAUGUGUUUUUAAUAGAUUUUUCCAUCUUGAAUAUUUUAUAAAGAAAAUUCUAUCUUUGCAAUUUUAAGGGGCGCUACAUUUAUCUGUCCCUCUUGACGAUCGCCGCGAUUGGCGGCGCUGUGAUCACCUGGGACGGGCUUCAUUUACCUGAGUACAAUCCCUUGCAGUUGUUCACCUCCUCGAACCUGCAUGAGUGGUUGGUUUUGAGAAAAUUCAUUUUUAAAAUUUUUUUCUGUUUUUUGAGGUCACCUUUUUUUAUUUGAACUACCUUAGAAAGCUUUUGGAAACGCAGCAUUCGAAAAUCGGAGAUGCAAGAAGAGAAAUUUUUUUUAUUCUCUUCAUUUUUCCUUUGUCGAGUUCAUGAACAAGUUGCUUACCUGUUCAGGUACGACAACAACGCCGAGAAGAACUUCGAGUUUGUCGCGGCGAAAAUCGCUAUUCCGCUGACGGCUCGCGUCGUCUGGGGCGUCCAGCCCGUUAAAUCACUUUCCACUUUCAAAACGUUUGCCACGACUCCCUUGAUGUGAGCUUAGAAUAGCUUGAAAUCCGAAUAUUUCAUGUUUUGCAGGUCUGAUGAAGGGUUCUCCCUGUCAAACUCGGAUUCGGUCAAAUCCCUGGCCGGAACUUUGCACAAGUUCCGAAGUUUACCCUUUGUCCAACAUGAGGCCCCAUUUUGGCCCGAACGGUUUUUGGCCUGGUCUCUGGCUUAUCCCUGCUCUCAAGGGUGAGCUCUCGAUUUUUCAAUUUUAGGGUUUUUGAUAGUAGAUUGAUCAGUACUUUUUCCGAAGUUUACUUUAUAACCCUUUUUUCAGUCUUAUUGGUCAUUUUUCCGAAUUUUCGAAGAAGUUAGAUACCAUUUUUACAGAUUCUUGUGCUGCAACAUGUCUCACGCCUUGUUUUCCAACUCUUACCUUGACUUUUGCCUCCGAAAUUCGACCACUUAUCUUCCCACUUCCUACAACGACACGCCCAUUUUCGACAAUAGCACUUUUGCUCUCGUCGGGUUCGUUUGUAAUGUACAAAAGUUCAAAACUACAUUGAAAAAUAUGAUCGUCAAUAAUCCAGAAGACAACUAACAGAAUUGGCGAAAAUCGGAAAAAUUCUAUUGGACCCUUUUCGAUAACUUUUCAGUUUCUCUUCAACUUGUUAAGGUUUAUUACCCGUUUAGUACCGUUUUUUCAAUCUUCCCGUUCAGAAAACCUAUCAGUUCGAAACGGGUUUUGAAAAGCUAUUCUUUAUUAAACAUUUCACUUUCCUUUUUAAGCUGUUCCAAACAGUACAAGGUAAAUACUGAAAAACCGAACCUUUCUUAUUCAUUUUCCAGUCAUUUUGUAGCCUUUUUGAACCGAUUUGAGGUAAAAGUUCACAUAACAAGUGCAAAAUUGGAGUUUUUGGGGGAAAAAGAGGAAAAUUUCACCUGAAGAGCAUAUCUGUAGCUAUUUUCGGAUGAUAAGAUUAUGAAAGAUUCUCCAUUUUUUUCUUAAAAUAUUCAAAAAAACAUUGAAUUUCUUUUUAGAUACACGGCAAUGUUCCCGACGAAACUCCGUUACAACCAUCGAUUUUCCCAAUUGUCGAAAUCUUUCGAUUUUCUCGACCAAUUGAGGCCCGAAAAUGGCUGGUGGGUUCCUGAGUGGUGGCUCAUGUCUACCUGGUAUGCUUCGAUGAAAAUCCGAAUCUUUAGACUUUUUUUGAGGUACGAUUUGCUGCAAUCAAUUGUCAGUGAUUGUCUAUCCUCUGUGAUUGGAUCCGUAGCUUUCGUGGCGCUUUUCGCCUUCAUCCAGCUUCGGUUACAGGUACUGUUCAAGGAAAAAGAGGAAAAUUCGCCAGAGGGUUCAGAAAAAUCAAAAAAAUGACUUGAUCUAGAAAAUUGACAUGCAUAAACUUCUAAAAAAGUCGUUUUUUUUUCGUUUUGUCAAUUUUCUGAACCAUUUUUGAAGCUCGAUUUUCGUUAAAUUCUGGUUACUGUAGACAGUAGGCUAAAAAAUAAAAUGUUCCCUAAACAAAACUUCCAGUCAAAAUUGUUCAGAUAUGAAAGAAAAACAUUGUUUUCAGCAUUUUCUGUACAAAAUUUUUUUUAACUUGAUUUCUUCCUAGGAAAAAAGUCGAUAUUUCCUUAAAAACAACAAUUUCUUCCAAAUUUUGAGUCAUUCUUGAGCAAGAACCCCCCACUUCUAUUCCUGAUUAUGAAACCUUGAGCCUUUGUCUUUAUGAAAAAAUAGUUCUACGAAAAUUCCCCCAGGUUGGAUAGUUGACCUUCAUUCGGCCGAUGGUGGUCAAUUCGAAUUGACUCAACUUUGAGGUGUCCUUCCUCGAAAACUAGGAAGUUUUGCAGUCUCAGAUUUUCAGGAUUUCAUUUCGGAACAUCAAAAAACGCUAUCCCAUCUCGAAGAGAUCCCAAGCCUCCCUUGUCAUCGGGAAAUUCAGGCGUUCACAGCCGUCGUGACUAUAACGUGCAUCAUCGCGGUGUCGUCGGGGAUCGUGACCCAACUCGGCUGGGUGAUCGGAGUCCUCGAGGCGAUCAUCCUCGUGUUGGUCGUCGGCCUCUCCUUCGACUACACCCUCCACUACGGCGCCGCCCUGCCUUCCCGUACCAGAAUCUGUCCUGAAUAUUCAUGAAACGGGAGACUUUUCCAGGCGGAUGCGCCAAACAUCGGAUCCGCGAGGCGACCGUCCGCGGCGUCGGGCCCGUCACCCUGGCCGCCUUCACUUCGUUUCUCGCCGGCGCGUCCAUGCUCUUCGCCAAGACCCAUGCUUUUUACCAAGUGAGGAGGGGAAGGAACAGAAAAAAGACCCAUUAUCGAUCGAUUAUCAACUUCAAUCAAUAAUUCAGGUCGGAGUGUUCCUGGUGGUGAUUUCCUCGACGAGCUGGGUCUUCGCCACCUUCUUCUACCUGCCAAUGCUCUCCCUGACACUCCCACGCCUCGUCGAUUCCUGUGUUUUUUGUGAAAAGUUCCAAAAUUCCCUACAACUUGAGGCCAAGAUCUGA